AUAAAUAGAAAAACAAAGAUUAAAAUGCAUAUUUUGCCCUUCUCUCUCUGUCUUUCUGUCCCGCCACCACCAUAUGCGCUUUGCUGUGCUUUUGCCAUUUGUGCUUUGUCGUGCUUUUGCCAACUGCCUCAAAUCACAUCUUUUCUGAAAAUUUUUUCUGCUGUGACUCUCUUUAUAUCUUUCAGUGCCGCCACCACCAUACCAGCCCCACCGGCAAGGGUCCACCACCUUUAUUUUGCCCAGAAUUCCGGCAGAAUGCUUUGUUUGAGGUUUACUCCGGUUAGUUUCACUAAAUGGUGGGAACCGGUUCAAUUUCACCGCAUGAAUAAAAAUGUUGUGGUAUGUGCUGCUAAAGGUCCUCGACCAAGGUAUCCCAGAGUUUGGAAAACCAGAAGGAAAAUAGGGACUAUCUCAAAGUCUAUAAAACUUGUUGAAUGUGUAAGUUCUCUUUGCCUCUCUAGAAUGUGAUUUAGGUACUCUUUUAUUGCAUACCACUUUUGAGUUUUGUUGGACUGUUGCAUCCCAGAUAAAAGCAGGCCACGAAUACAGCAUUAAUAACAGGAAUCCCUUUAACUUACAUGGGCUUCACUCUAACUUACAUACCAAAAAAGUAAGCAAUUCAUUCAAGUUCGUCAGUACAAGCAACCAGAUAAAAGUCAGAGUUAACCCAAUAAAGGCCACAAAAGCUAUCUUUGUCUAAUUAACCAAGAAAUUUGCGGGCCUUAAACGUCAGACAAAGCAUCUCGAAAUUAGCUUUUGGAGAGAGUUGAAGCACCACCAAGCAGACAAAAUCAACCCACUUCAGCCCCUCAAAAUUACUGGCCAUAAAAAUUUCACUCUAUAUCUAGCCAAUAAGGACCGUAAUUAACCCCAUACAAUUAGUCAAAAUAUAACCUGCUCAAUUAUUACAAUUAGCCACUUCGGACAGCAAAAUGUACGCACAAUCCGUUCGAUUAUUACUCCAUUCCUGCUCGAAAUAUAACGUAUGGGUUGGCAAUAAUUCUCACGUGGAACUAGCAAGACAAAAAAUAGCCAUGUUCAUUCUGAAGCUUCCCCACUACAAAACUUCAACACUCCCACCCUUUAAACCUCACAUAAUCAGCUGAGAAUAUGGUAGAUUAAGCAGGGAAAUCAGCAGCA